AGGGCGUGGCUUCCGCGGAGCAUCCUCGCGGGCGGGAGCCAGGGGGCUGGAGCGGCGCUUUGUUCCGGCCGCCGCCUCCCCUUGCGCCUGAGUCCAUCUUUUGGUCUCCGCUCCCUGCAUCCCGGUCCCCAACCGCGCUACGCCCCCAAGCGGCCUUGCCUGGUCCCCCAUCCUUCCUCCCUCGCGCGUCUUCCCUCGCCCCUCCUCCGCUCUUCUCCCGAGAGCGGGGUCGCGACGCCGAGUACCACCCCGCCAGCCCGGCAUGUCCCCCGUCGCCCCGCGCCCAUGGUCCUGACGCUGCUCUUCUCGGCCUACAAGCUGUGCCGCUUCUUCGCCAUGUCGGGUCCACAGUCCUGCACUGCCGAGCGGCUGACGGUGCCGGGGAGCGAUCGGUGCGGCGGCGCGGGCCCGUGGUGGGCCGCAGGCGGUCGGGGGUCCCGCGAAGUGUCGCCUGGGGCGGGCGCCGAGGUGCAGGGCGCCCUGGAUCGUGCGCUGCCCGAGCUGCAGCAGGCGCUGUCGUUGCUGAAGCAGGCGGACGCACCGCGGGCUGUGGACGCGGGCUUGACCGAGGUCUUCCAGCUAGUGGAGGAAGCCUGGCUGCUGCCGGCCGUGGGCCGCGAGGUGGCCCAGGGUCUGUGCGACGCCAUACGCCUGGACGGUGGCCUCGAUCUGCUGCUGCGGCUGCUGCAGGCUCGGGAGCUGGAGACCCGCGUGCAGGCCGCGCGCCUGCUGGAGCAGAUCCUGGUGGCUGAGAACCGGGACCGCGUGGCACGCAUCGGACUCGGCGUGAUCCUGAACCUGGCGAAGGAGCGCGAACCAGUGGAACUGGCGCGGAGCGUGGCGGGCAUCUUGGAGCACAUGUUCAAGCACUCAGAGGAGACGUGCCAGCGGCUGGUGGCGGCGGGCGGCCUGGACGCAGUACUCUUCUGGUGUCGCCGCACAGACCCGCCGCUGCUGCGCCACUGCGCGCUGGCCCUGGCCAACUGCGCGCUGCACGGGGGCCAGGCGGCGCAGCGGCGCAUGGUGGAGAAGCGUGCCGCCGAGUGGCUCUUCCCGCUCGCCUUCUCCAAGGAGGACCAGCUGCUGCGGCUGCACGCCUGCCUCGCCGUGGCCGUGCUGGCCACCAACAAGGAGGUGGAGCGCGAGGUGGAGCGCUCGGGCACGCUGGCGCUCGUAGAGCCGCUCGUGGCUUCGCUGGACCCUGGCAGCUUCGCGCGCUGCCUGGUGGACGCCAGUGACACGAGCCAGGGCCGUGGGCCUGACGACCUGCAGAGCCUGGUGCUGCUGCUCGACUCGUCGCGCUUGGAGGCCCAGUGCAUCGGGGCUUUCUACCUGUGCGCGGAGGCUGCCAUCAAGAGCCUGCAGGGCAAGACCAAGGUGUUCAGCGACAUCGGUGCCAUCCAGAGCCUGAAACGCCUGGUGUCCUACUCCACCAACGGCACCACGUCGGCGCUGGCGAAGCGCGCGCUGCGCCUGCUGGGCGAGGAGGUGCCGCGGCGCAUCCUCCCCUGCGUGGCCAGCUGGAAGGAGGCCGAGGUCCAGACGUGGCUCCAGCAGAUCGGCUUCUCCCAGUACUGCGAGAACUUCCGGGAGCAGCAGGUAGACGGUGACCUGCUUCUACGGCUCACCGAGGAAGAACUCCAGAUCGACCUGGGCAUGAAAUCGGGCAUCACUCGCAAGAGGUUCUUUAGGGAGCUUACGGAGCUCAAGACCUUCGCCAACUAUGCUACAUGCGACCGCAGCAACCUGGCUGACUGGCUGGGCAGCCUGGACCCGCGCUUCCGCCAGUACACCUAUGGCCUGGUCAGCUGUGGUCUGGACCGCUCCCUGUUGCACCGUGUGUCCGAGCAGCAGCUGCUGGAGGACUGUGGCAUCCGCCUGGGCGUGCACCGCACACGCAUCGUCUCUGCCGCCAGAGAAAUGCUACACUCCCCACUGCCCUGUGCUGGUGGCAAGCCCAGCGGGGACACCCCUGACGUGUUCAUCAGCUACCGCAGGAGCUCGGGCUCUCAGCUGGCCAGCCUCCUGAAGGUACACCUGCAGCUGCACGGCUUCAGCGUCUUCAUCGAUGUGGAGAAGCUGGAAGCAGGCAAGUUUGAGGACAAGCUCAUCGAGAGCGUCACAGGGGCCCGCAACUUCCUGCUCGUGCUGUCCGCAGGGGCCCUGGACAAGUGCAUGCGGGACUUCGAGUGCAAGGACUGGGUGCACAAGGAGAUUGUGACUGCUUUAAGCUGUGGCAAGAACAUUGUGCCCAUCAUUGAUGGCUUUGAGUGGCCUGAUCCCCAGGCUCUACCUGAAGACAUGCAGGCUGUGCUCACCUUCAAUGGCAUCAAGUGGUCCCAUGAGUACCAGGAGGCCACCAUCGAGAAGAUCAUCCGCUUCCUGCAGGGCCGCUCCUCUCAGGACUCACCUGCGGGUUCUGAUACCAGUUUGGAGGGUGCUGCACCAAUGGGCCUGCCUUAAACUGUGCCCACUUCCCAAGUCCUGCUGUGACUCCCGAUUUCCAUCACCCCUCCACUCACCGAGGGAGCAGCUCCUCCAAUUGACCUCCCAGGGUUGAGAGAGACUGGGCUCUUCUGAGGAAGUGGCUCUCUGUCCCCACCCUCAGCCUGCUUCAAACACACAGGAGGUUGGGAGGGCUCGCCUCCCUCAGACCCACCAUCAAGUUCGGUCUCCCACCCCAAAGCCGAUAGAGCCGCACUUCUCCAGCCUCCUACCCCAACAGCAGUCAGUUGGCAACCACUGGCAGGAAUCAGGGCAAUGCCCAGCUCCCUCUGCCUGGGCCCUGACAUCUGAGCCAGGGCCCAGGAGGCAGCCAGGGAUGAGAAUCUCCCAGUGGCUGCCCUGAUGCUUGGCUCACCCCUUCCUGCUACCUUGUGGCCUUGCUCUGUAACCACUCAGUGCCCAUCCCAGCCUCCCCUUGGGCAGCUGUGUUUGCCAUAUUGGGGAUCAGGGUGGUGUGCUCUGUACCUGUGGCCAGCUCUGCUGCACUUCUUGGUGCAAUGGGCAGGGCAGGUCAUGUCUCAAAGCCUACUCUACCCUAUGCCAUGGUGGACUCCUGCCCAGCCAGGCCUGGCUGAUUUCCUCAGCUCCUCAUCCACUUGGGGCUUGUCACCCAUUUGCUCAGGGAAGAGGGGACCAGAUAACCCCCACCACCACCACCAGAUAGCACCAAUAGCCUAUUUUGCGGGACGAGGCAAGAUCCCUAGGGCCAAGGGUUAUUUCCUCUGGCAGUUUCUCCCAUGGCAGCAUGCAAUCGAAUAUGCUGGGGACUGUGUCAGAAUUCAGUGAGGGAGAUCCUGAAAGGGCCUGAGAGUAUGUAUUUUCAUAGAUCUCCAGGCAAACUUAUGCCAAGUGAUCAAGGGACACAAGUCACUCUUCAGUAUUUGCCAUUUCCUAAACACUCCUCUCUCGGCCAUCCAGUACCCAUUUCAGAGAAGCUGAGGUCCCCAUGUCAUUUGGUGGCAGCCCUGCAGGCUCUCCCAAGAAUCAUUCCAGGCAGGGCAGCUGCCUCUCCCUGGCCCCAAAGAAGCAAGCAGUGGGAGACAGAUCCUGGCCAAAACGCUAAGCCAGGGGCAUACAGAAAACACAGGGUAGGACUGUCUCCCUGCCUCUCACUCCCUGGAAGAGAAAGGCAAUUAAGUCUGCUCCCUCCAACAAGCCAGGCUCCAGCACAGGGUCAGCCGAUGCCUUCUAGGGCCAGUGGGGUCAUGCCUUGAAGCUGGCUCAAAUCUAGAAGCCUUCCCUGGAGCAGCCAAGUUACCUUAGUCUUGGUCCAUAUCAUAAAAAAGGCCAAAAGGCUCUGCAGGAUUCAGGUGCCUUCCUUCCACUGCCCUCCCCACCCAAGAUGUCAUGGGUCCUGGCUGGACUCUGGCUGUGACUGCCCAUGAUCCUCCUCCAGUGCUGGCCUCAUAUUCCACCCUGGCUGUAAAAGCUGAGGCAGUCCGGUCCAUGUCUUCAGUGACAGCACAGAGUGUAACAAGUUCUCCCAGGGGAAGCUUUCUGUCUUUUGGUCCCCAGUCUCCCCACCUCCCCUGGCCCUGACUUCUCCAUGGACAGUGCUACUCAAGAAGUUCUUGGUUUCUGUUUGGGACAAGCACCAUUGCUGUCCACCUCCACUGUCUGGCUUUCUAUUGACCUCUGCCUGCUCCCAUCUUCCUGGGAAACCAGAGCCCCCCGCCCCAGCCAGGCACUGUCCUGCACGGUGACAGACACUGCUCAGAAUCCAGGAGUAACCAGCUCCCAGGCCUCGACUUCCACCAGGCACAGCCCAUUGGGGGGAUCGUGCGGCGGGGCUCUCAAGUAGCCCUUCUGCUAGAGCCCGCUCUGACAUGGGGCUGAGAAGUCCGGGCUUCCCGCCUGGCUGGGCUAUAGCUGUUGUACUCAGUCUGGGGCCGAGUCGGUGACCCCCACCCCAGUCACGUGCUCUAGGGGCCACCAACUGCUUAAAGCCCUUCAGAGGCCAACGCCCAGCCACCAUUCAUUCUUUCUUUGGCCAGGCAUCUCAUUCUAGGGUAUAUGAGGCUGGAGGGACCUCAGAGCAUCCUACAAUAGGCAAUCAUGCUCCAUUUGUGCCUAACUAGGUGCCGUCCUCAGCUCCGGACAGAGUGAGGCGCUAUCAGUCCAGCCCUCCUUAGAGGGAAUCGGUCGAGGUCACACAGCUAUCCCAAGUGGAGCCUUUCUCUCAGCCUCACAGUAGUGGAGUCAGGGGAAGCCUCUCCUUGCUGAGGCCUCCCAGCUAUGGCAGUGAGGUGGGAGUCGGGAAACAACCAUGCUGCACUACUUUACCCCAGGCUAUCUCACACUUUCCUGCAUGGGCAGCCUGGGAGCUUCAACCCCUGACAGGCAGGCAGGCCAAGCACGGGAAAACAGGUCUGUGGAGCCCAGUGCCUUUUCAGUCUGAUUCAACUGCUUUAUUGUGUCCGUGGGCACUGCCGAGGUCAUGGGUGGUCAGGCUGUGGUCAGGGGCACAUCCCAAACCACAAACAGCAGCUCUCCCCCUAGAGGGAGCCACACCCCUCCCCACAAGGCUGGAUGUAGCCAGAUACUGUAGUCAUUAAGGGUGACUAGGGGCCAUUGCAUACAUCAGGGGCCUAGUACCAUGGUCUGUGUAGUCUAGGCAGGAAGGAGAGAUGCCAGUCUCAUGCUUCUGGUCCCUGGAGUGUCUUAGUGAUGGGUGGCGUUAAGCGUGAAGAGACCCCUGCCUCAAAUGGCUUCCUGUGGUCUGCGUCACACUCCUCCUAGGCACAGAAUAGCCCAGUGGGACCAGGUGAUGCCUAGCACUAGGUGGACCACUUUGUGGGAGGAGAGUGGUGCUCGUGGAGGGGCGGCUGCUGCUGCUGUGUGCCAGGCUCCAGGUGCAGCCAAGCAGUUGGUGUGGGUCCAUGUUUCCUCUUGCCCUCUGGCCUCCGGUGCAGGCAGAUCAGGGGCUCUGAGGAAAGUGCUGGAAUUCACGGUGAGGAUUAACUCUUUCCAGUACCCUGUAAGGGAUGAGACAGGGUUCAGAGUUGAUAUGGGGAGCCCCUAGCCCUACUUGUAGAAGUGACCCAGGACUAAUGGGUGGGUGGGCCCAGGCGUAUCUCCCCGCAAGCAGACAGGUGGAGGACAGUGCUUUGGUGGGUCAGACUAGCCCGUGACUCAGCCACAAGCAGCUGCAGAAGCCCCCUGCCCUUCCGGUUAACACAGGCCUGCCGCCACAGGCCCAUCUGUAAAAUGGGAACAGAGGGGACUAAGGGAACCUGGGGGAGAAGACACAAUCUUAUCAAGUGGCAGUGCUAGCUUGAUCUCUCCACCUUGCUCUGGAAGAUCAGGCAGCCAUCUGCAAAGGGGUGUGUGUGUGUGUGUCUAUCAGGGUGUGGGGGGGCCUGUGGGUCAGCUUUGGAUGAGGCACCCAAAGAAGGAUUCUGGGAUUAUAAACCCUCUAGGCAAAUGAGGUCAGGACUCUCCAUUACCCAAUCAGAAUGGCUGGGAUGAAGAGGAGGCCAGCACCCAGGAGGAAGGGGAAACCCUUCAUGAAGUUCAGAGUGGCUGGGUAGAGCGAGUUGAAGAUGCCAGAGGCUACCAGCAUGGCCAGGGUAUUCACACAGGCCACAGCAGAAAAGAGUGCACCUGUGAGGGAAUAAGAGAAAUGCCAGGCUUCUGAGCUUGUCUGUUUUUCAUGGCACUGGGGUUUGAACCAAGGGCCUUAUGCACGCUAGGCAGGCAUCCUACCACUGAACUACAUUCCCAAACCAUUUAUAACUUUUUUUUUUUUUGGUGGGGGGGGUAGGGGAGGGAGAGGCUUCAGUACUUGAAAGGCCCAGGGUGAAAUUCAGACAGAACCACCUCACAGCUAUAUGACCUUGGACAAGGGUUUUGAUCUUUCUUAAGUUUCACCUCCUUCUUCUGUGUGUGACCCUUACUAUGUCAAUUGUUGUGAGAAAGAUUAAGUGAAGUCAUGCAUAGAAAACACUUGGCAUAGAAGGGUUACUAAAUUACUAAAUAAAUAGUUGUUAUUAAAUUUACAAAGUU